AUGGUGGACCAGGUUCGUUCAAUGGAGUCCCGCGUAGGGCGAAAAAACCAACGCUACGGACCAAAGGGUGAACGGCUCGUGGCGGGUGUAGUCCCGCUUUCCGCAGACAAAAGCUUGGUUCUGAUGAUCCAGUCCUCCGGGCGAGGUGGAUGGGUGCUUCCCAAGGGUGGGUGGGAGACCGACGAGGGAAGUGCCCAGCAAGCUGCUUGCAGAGAGGCCUGGGAAGAAGCUGGCGUAAUAUGCACGGUGCUCAAAGAUCUGGGAAUAAUUCCGGAUAUGCGGCCGUCCACAUUGCUGACGGCCACGGCACCCAAGGCUUCAUAUCAGUUUUUCGAGGUUGCCGUGGACCGGGAGGAGGACCGGUGGCCCGAGAUGCACAAGCGGAAGCGGCAAUGGGUGAACUACACCCAAGCUGCAGCAGCUCUGGCCUGUCGUCCAGAGCUCUUGGAGGCAUUAAAUCGCAGUUCUGUGAAGAGAUAG